AUGUCUGCUGCGCCUGCACCCGUCACAUCCAGCUCCCAGCCGGCACAGCUCCCAGCCCUCAAUGCUCCUCACGCGGGACAAGAAAAGAAAGCAAAGGAGAAAAAGGCAGCAAAGCAUGCUGCCACGUCAGAGCAUCCCCUGGAGCUGCAACCGCCACCAGAGUUCUUCGAGCACCGUAUCAAGCUUUUCGAGAAGCUGAAGGCUGAAUACGACGAACGGCUCAAGACUCAGCCAAGACAAGAGAUUGAGAUUACUCUCCUCGAUGGUUCCAAACGCCAAGGCACCUCUUGGGAGACCAGUCCUAUGGGUAUUGCGAAGCAAAUCUCACAAGGUCUUGCUGACCGCACUGUGAUUGCCAAGGUUAACGGCCAAGUCUGGGAUUUGGAACGUCCUCUUGAGGGCUCUUGCACCCUUGAACUGUUGGAUUUCGACCACCCUGAAGGCAAGCGCGUCUUCUGGCACUCAUCCGCGCACGUCCUUGGCGAAGCUGCAGAGCGUCACUAUGGUUGCCACCUUUGUGUCGGUCCUCCUACAGAGGAAGGAUUCUUUUACGAGAUGGCUAUUGAGGACAGGCCUGUCACCCACGCCGACUACCCCGCCCUCGAGAAGGUCUCCGAGCUGGCGAUCAAGGAAAAGCAGAAGUUUGAGCGUCUUGUCGUGUCAAAGGAGACUCUGCUUGAGAUGUUCGGUUACAAUAAAUACAAGAAGCAGCUCAUUGAAUCUAAGAUUCCCGACGGUACCUCCACCACUGUUUACCGCUGCGGUCCCAUGAUCGACCUUUGUGUGGGCCCCCAUAUUCCACACACCGGCAAGAUCAAAGCCUUCAUGGUUACCAAAAGCUCUGCCUCUUACUUCCUUGGUGACCCAAAGAACGACUCCCUGCAACGUAUCUACGGCAUCUCAUUCCCUGACAAGAAGCAGAUGACCGAAUACAAACACUUCCUUGAGGAAGCCGCGAAGCGCGACCAUAGGAAGAUCGGCAAGGAACAAGAACUCUUCUUCUUCAACGAGCUUAGUCCAGGAAGUGCUUUCUUUUUGCCUCACGGUACUCGUAUCUAUAACACGCUCGUCGACCUUAUGCGCACCGAAUACUUCAAGCGCGGCUACCAGGAAGUCAUUUCACCAAACAUGUACAACUCUAAGCUCUGGGAGACUUCCGGCCACUCGCAGAACUACAAGGACGGCAUGUUCACACUCGAUAUCGAGAAGGAAACUUGGGCGCUGAAGCCCAUGAACUGUCCCGGUCACUGUCUGAUCUUCGACUCGCGCGACCGUAGCUACAAGGAGCUGCCGAUUCGCAUGGCCGAGUUUGGUAUCUUACACCGUAACGAGGCGUCCGGUGCUCUCACUGGCCUGACCCGUGUCCGCCGGUUCGUCCAGGACGAUACACAUAUCUUCUGUAUGCCUUCGCAGAUCGAACAGGAGAUUGGUUCCCUUUUCGACUUUAUGCAGCAUAUCUACGGUCUCUUCGGCUUCGACUUCCAGCUCGAGCUCUCCACUCGCCCUGAGAACUUCAUCGGCGACAUCGAGACCUGGAACGUGGCUGAGGGCCAACUGAAGGAGGCUCUCGACGCGCAGUAUCCUGGUAAGUGGGAGCUCAACCCGGGCGACGGCGCGUUCUACGGCCCCAAGAUCGACAUCAAGAUCCGCGACGCCCUCCGCCGGUCGUUCCAGUGCGCGACAAUUCAGCUCGACUUCCAGCUUCCCGAGCGCUUCAAUCUCAAGUACCGCUCGCCUGAGGAGGCGGCCAACCCCGACAAGCCGCCGUCGCGUCCCGUCAUCAUCCACCGUGCUAUCCUCGGCAGUCUUGAGCGUUUCAUUGCCAUUAUCACCGAGCACUUUGCGGGCAAGUGGCCAUUCUGGCUCUCGCCUCGCCAGCUUCUCGUUGUUCCCGUCGCCGUUCCAUACCAACAAUAUGCAUCUGAAGUCGCUGAGAAGCUACAGAAGCUCGGCCUGUACGCGGACGUCGACAACAGCUCAGAGACACUGAAUAAGAAGAUCCGGAAUGGCGAGAUCGCACAGUACAACUUCAUCCUCGUUGUGGGCCAAGAGGAACUCGACAGCCAGUCCGUCAACGUCCGCAACCGGGAUGACGUCGGCACCAAGGCCAAGGGCGAGAUGAUUACCCUUGAGGAAGUCUCGAAGAAGUUUGCUGCACUCAAGGAGAGCCGCACUCUUGCGAAUAAACUGUAG